UCCCACUCUAUCUACCCUGCUCAUGAAAACUUGUUGCAGACUAUACUUUUUCUCCCUGACACCAGGCAACAUUUUGGGAUAGGCAUACUUUGGAGAGUUCUCAGUUGUCAUAAAAAUGAUUAUUUUUCUUCUGGUUGGAUUUUUGGAAUGGUUUUACUCUUGGUCCCAGUAGUGGAGUUAACUUUCCGGGACAGUUUGUUUCACUUCGUGAGACUCCAGCGAUGGUGCGAGGACAGCGGCUAGGCGGAGGGACUCUCCACGCACCCCUCUGACAUCCCUCACCGGUUAUUUAGGGAAUCCGUCAGGAUGUGUGUGUGAGGUCUGACGGUAUGGGUCCAGCCAUGGAGCCAGAGUUGAACUGCAGCUCUCACUGUGACUACGGACUCUGCCUCAUCCACCCUGGAGUCAAUACACAGGAGGACCUGGAGAUACUGCAGAGACUAUGUACCCUCAGCACGAUGGGAGUGGAGCUGCAGAGGCAGUCUCUCUCCCCGGUGCUCUGUGCAGUGGUCUGGACUAUUCUCUCCUGUGGCAUCCUGCUGGCAUUCUGCUUCCUGCUCUUUACCCUGCGCUUCAAGAACAACAGGAUAGUGAAGAUGUCUAGUCCUAACCUCAAUGUGCUGACUCUGUGUGGGAGUGUCCUCACCUACAGCAGUGGAUUCCUAUUCGCUUUUGAGGAACGCACCCACCUACAAGGGGGAGGAGUGAGAGCUAUACUACAGGCCAGGAUCUGGAUGUUUUGUAUCGGCAGCACUCUGGUAUUUGGGCCCAUCCUGGGGAAAACAUGGCGGCUGUACAGAGUAUUCACCCAACGCGUGCCUGACAAGAGAGUGAUCAUCAGAGACAUCCAGUUGAUGGGCUUGGUAGCUCUGUUGAUUCUGCUGGACCUGCUGGUUCUGACCGCCUGGAGUCUAACCGACCCGGUUAAAUGUGCUCGGUCCAUUGGGGCUAUGGUCAAGGUGGUGGAGAGAGAAUUGUCCUACUCUCUGUCUCAGCUGGACUCCUGCUCCUCUCUCUAUUCAGACCUGUGGGUUAUCCUCCUCGCUAUGAUGAAGGGUAGCCUGCUCCUAUAUGGGACCUACCUGGCCGGUCUGACCAGCAACGUCAGCCUCCCUCCGGUCAACCAGUCCCCCACCAUCAUGACCGCUGUCAGCCUGGUCACCCUUUCCACGGUGGUUGCAGUCCCAGUGUCGCAGUUCCUGCAGGCCUGGCCUAACGUGGUCUAUAGCGUGGUAGCUGGAGCCAUCUUCAUCUGUACCCUCGCCACCAACUGUAUGCUGUUUGUACCUCAGUUAACCCAGUGGCGUCGGUUUGAGGAGGAGCAAAACAGCCUUAGCCAGAUGGCGAAGUACUUCAGCAGCCCCAGUAAGAGUGUCCACUCUGUUUACAGCCAGGAUGAAGUCUACUAUCUCCUGGGAGAGAACAACUCUAUGAAGAGGCUCCUCAAUGAGAAGAAUGCUGUAAUUGACAGUCUGCAGGAGCAGGUGAACAACGCCAAAGACAAGCUAUUGCGCCUCAUGUCCAAUACCCACUCUCCCGAGGAUCAGGAAAUGGACUCUUCCACCACCAACCUCCACUCCUCCUCCACCCAGACCACAGUGGUGCCGUCCGACUGCUUUCCAACUCCCCUGCCACAGAGAGACGUAGCAGAACCUACCCUCUCUUCUCCUCCUUUCUCUCUACCUCAUCUCUCUUCUCCUCCCCCUCCUGCCCUCUCUUUUCCCCCAGGGGAUUGUGUGAGUGUUAAACCAUGCAGUGUAGAGUUUGGCCCAUACAUCCAGGGUUCAGAGAUGGAGACAGAGGCAGGGGGUUGUAAGGUUGAGGGGACUGUGUCCCAGCAGCAGUGUGGAGCGGAAAGGUCUCACCUCCCAGUCUCCCCUCAGCCCUCUGUUUCUUCCAAGACAGGAGUCAGAACACCAGGGGAGAUGGGAGGGACACAAACCACACCCUCCUGUCAGUCAAACUAUGUCACUUCCUCAUCCACUCUCCCCCUGGUGGGUUUGGCCCCUGCUCAGUCGGAACCGUCAGGUUGCCAUGGCGAUACCACAUCUCCGUGGAUGGCAGGUGUCAGGCAGGCAGGGUUUGUGAGCAGUGUGCAGCUGCAGGAGAUACUCCAGGAACUGAGCGUGGACACUGUUAUGGAAACGGCCCUCCGCUCACCAAAUCACAGCAGGGGGUUCAGGAGACCCUCUCAGCCCUCCUCGACCAAUCCCUCUGUCCUCUCUCCUCUCUCCUUCUGCACUCCUCAUUCCCCCAAUCACCCUAUCCUCUUCCACUACCCCAGUAUCUCCCCCUACGUAAUGAGGAAACGCAGACCUCCGUUCCAUUCCCCCAGAGGGGGGCCUCCGCCCUGUUACUACCCAGGCUCCAAGCCUCCUGGUUGGGGAAGGAGGAGGGGCACGGGGCUCUCUCAACCAGACAAGCACCCCUCAAAAACACAACCUCUGCUCAAUCCUGUCGCCACAGAGACUAAUCUUCUCCGCCCCGACGACAGUGAUGGAGAAGAAGGCAUAGAGGCGUGGCAUAGGAUAAGAAACAGCUGCGGGAGGCGCGGCUCAAGGCGGGAGCACCGGCCACCACCCCUUCGAAAAUGCCCUCCAGAUGGUGAUGGGGGAGGUGAGGGAGGGCCAGACAGAGACCAUGGCAGGGACUCGUAUGGUUACUGGGACUCAGACUCCAGCAGCUUGGCUGACUACUCCUACUACCAUCGUCCCUACUGCGACGCCUGCCUGCAACACGGCUCAUACCCCUCCAGCGACAGCUCCUCCUCAGACUCCUCGGACAGUGAGUAUGGCGGCUUCACCAGCCUCUGCCGCUCCACACAUCCGGUGGUCAACUUCAAGGAGGACCUCAAACCGACCUUCGUAUGAGCCUGCCUGGAACCUAGACUGAACCGGUGCUGCGGAAGAAUCAUUCAAGUCAAACUGUGUUGUAAUUUACUUUCAAUGGCCAGUUCACGGCAGAACAAUUGAGUUUACACACUGUUGUAACACUAUUUAGAAGUGGUAAAUUGAGCAGGAACUAAUGCUAGAAAAGCUUGCCUGAUUUUGAAUUCAACAAUUUAUCUUCCUUAUGUAUGUGUGGAGUACGAGUACCCUAGCAACACAUUACCUCACAGCAAUCACAUUAAAGGCUUUUUAAUUGGUUGCAAGUGCUUUAGAAAUGGGACCAAGAUGGAGAAAGUCAAUCAAUGGGUUGAGUUUGCUGUAUGAUGAUUGGGAUCUGAUUUUAAUUUAUUGACUUUGUCUUUAACUUAUUGCACUGACUGCCAUUGUCUCUAGGUCAUGUUAAAGAACAUGUAUAUUUGUAGCUAAACAAGAUACAAUAUUUAGAUCAUAUAGAUUGUUGCAUGUUACAAAAAAAACACUGGAUUUUAUUGAUCUGUUACCACCUCUUUUAAUCCCCCCUACCUUGAAUAGAGCCCACCAGGGAUGUAUGCAGUCACCAUUGUAAAGAAUACUAUUAUAACCAUUUUGUCUGAGUUUUUAUGAUCUUUAUGCUUUGGUUUACCUUUUUAUACAUCAAAACCCCUCAAUGCACUACGUUGGUAAUGUUAUUGAUUUGAGUGUUAUGUGUGUGUGAGUGCGUGCGUCCGUGCGUGCGUACAUGUGUGUGGCGUGCAUGUGUGUGUGCACAAUGUACUGUAUUCAUUGCAUUUUAUUUGGAGGCUCUGCCUCCAAUUCUAUCAAUUGUAAUUCUCUGUGAGCUGAUUGAUUAUUAAAUUACCUAUUGACCUUU